AUGGCAGCAGCUUUCUUUCGAGAUGCUGGCGUCCGCUGGGUUUGCGCGGGCUGGACGGUCUUCACCGUGGAGAAUCUGAUCAUGUCAGAGUACAAGAUGGAAAUCAAGAAGUACUGGGGAGGCAGCGGUGGACCUGCAGCCUACCAGACGAUGUACAGCACGCUGUCGGGACUAGCCUCGUUUUCCAUCUUUGCGGCGUACUGGCGAUUUGCCCGUCAUGGUCGGGUGCUGAGGAGCCCGACCUCUGCUGAGCGGCUGGCUGCCUUUGGCUUCCGUGUGCUAGGCUUGGGUACGCUAAGCCAACUGAUGCCUCCGAUUAACUUGGGUGCUCUGCAGAUCGCCCUCGGCCUUUACGAGCCGCCGAAGGACUUGCCCCCUCAAGUGCGCGGAGCCAUGGCAUGCCCGUUUGACUUCAAUUUCUAUGCCGGACGUGGAGAGGUCUUCGGCAUCACCCGCGUAUCGCGGCGACCCGAACUUGCUGGCAUUGGCUUCUUUGGCAUUGCUGGGGCAUUGGUUGCGACGACAGCCACGCAGUUGGCCUUCUUCGGCCUUGGCCCUGUCGUCUCCUUCACGCUCCUAGCGCUCCACAGC